UUUUUUUUAAAAAAAAAACAUAUUAAAAAUGAACUUUGACUAUGAAUUUCCAUCUCCAGAUAAAGAUAAAACAGUUAAAAUAUAUAGAAACGGUCACCCAACUUUAUAACCAUUUGACUUAAGUAUAUAAAAGGGUUUAACAUUUUAAAUAAUUCUAACUUAACUUGAAUAAAAAUCCGAAAUGAAAAAUAUGAGAAAUUUAAGAUUAUUUAAUGCUGAAGGAGUCGAAUUAACAGAUGAUGAUUUGUAAUAUGUUAAAGACAAAGCAGUUUUAUAUGCAUCUAAAGGAGAAGAUUUUGAUUCAAAUUCUACUUUUUCUGAAUAUAAUUUAGUAAAAGUUUUAGGCGAAGGUGGAUUUGGUCAAGUAUUAUUAGGUAUUCAUAAAUAAACAUUAAAAAAAGUAGCUAUAAAGAUAGUAAAAACUAAUAUUAAUGGAAACGCAUAAGAUAUAGAUAUGGUAUUUCGGGAAGCUGAAAUAUUAAAAGUAUUAAAUCAUAAAAACAUAGUAAAAAUAAUGAAUUGUUAUACUUUAAGUGAUAUGAGAGUAGUUUUUAUAAUGGAAUAUUUAGAAGGAGGCGAAUUAUAUGAAAAAGUAAAUAAAGAAAAGCGAUUAUCAGAAGAAUAGGCAAAAAUAUACUUUAAAUAGAUAGUUGAUGCAAUUAAUUAUUGUCAUAUAAAUCGAUUAAUUCAUCGAGAUUUAAAGUUGGAAAAUAUUUUAUUUAAAUAGAAAAAUGAUGAUUUAAUAAAAGUAGUUGAUUUUGGUAUAGCGGGUCUUGCAUCUAAAUUAAAUGUUGAAAAUUUAGACGCAGGGGGUUUAAAAUAUAUGGCUCCAGAAGUUUUACAAGGAAAAGCUAAAUAAUUGACUCCUUCUAUUGAUGUUUGGGCUAUGGGAGUAAUUCUUUAUUUGAUGGUUUUUGGAGAUUUUCCUUUUUAUGGAAAUUCUAAUAGUGUUUUAAUUGAAAAAAUAAUUGAGGGGAAAUAUGAAAUGUAAAAAGAUAUUAAAAAAAAUCUUUCUAAUGAAAUAUUAGAUUGUAUAGAUUAAAUGUUAUAGGUUGAUCCUUAAUAAAGAAUUAAAACUGGAGAUAUUAUUAACCAUCCGUUUGUUAAUGAUGAUGUUUUUGCAGCUAAAAUGUAUAAUUAAAAAUAGGAAGAGAGUAAAAAUUAGAAUGAAAAAAAAGGAUUUUAAUUUGGAAAUAAUAUAUUAAAAAAAGAAGGAGGAUCUUAUUCUGGGUAAAAUAGUCACAAAAAUAAAAUGCAGUAAUAAAAUUUGAUUUCGAAUAAUCCGAAAGGAAGUUUAACUCCUUAAAAUAUUCAUAAAAAAGUUAGUACUUCGAAUAAUAGUAUGUUUUUUAUUAUUUAAUAUUUUUUAUUUUAAAUAUAGAAAUAGAUUAAAAAUAUGGAUUUGGUUAAGCUAUAAAUAAGUAUUAUAAAAAAUGAAAUAAUUUGUGUCUAUUGUUUUUCUUUAUUUUAAUUUUUUAAAGUAUCUAUUAUAUAUAUAUAUAUAUAUAUAUAUAUAUAUAUAUGUAUAUAUAUAUAUAUAUAUGUAUAUAUAUAUAUAUAUAUAUGUAAAAUUUUUUCUUUUUUUUUCUUUUUUUUUUCUUUUUUUUUCUUAUUUAUUUUUCUAAUUUUACUUUUACUUAAUUUUAUUAUUAAAUAUGAAACUUGA